UUCUCGAAUUUUAAAUUUGAAAAAAAUUUAUUUCGAUUUUUGACGGUUGCUUCGAGUAAAAUGCCAAAAACUGGACAAGCAGUUCCUGCAAAAUACAAAAAUGAGACUUGGGACGAUAUUCUGAACGAGCUGAUGGAAAACUCUGAAUACUGGAUGGAUAUGACUUUGCCGAAAGCCGAGCAGCGAAGAAAUUAUGAGAAGAUGGCGGAGGUUAUGAGAAGAAUUGAUGUGUGCCGGGAGAGACAGAAGGCGACGCUGCAAAAACUGAGAAAUCUGGAAAAACUUGUGGAGCAAGACGAGAAUGGCGCGGAAAUUUCGGAGGAAGAGCAAGAGAUGUUAAUGAUGCUGAAAUUGGAUCAAAAUGCUCAUCAAGCAAUUUUGAAUCUUCGCAACUCGGAUUUGGAGGGUCUUGACCCGGAAGUCAAAGACACAAUUAUGUAUUUUAGAAAGAUCGAAAUGGAAGACGAGAUAAUUGGCCAAUGGGUGGCGGAUGAUUCAGAUAAUGACGAAAACGUCAAAAACAGCCCCACUUCUGAGCCUGAAAGCGAUGAUGGCACCGACUCGGACCUCGAAUCUGAAAUUCUCGAGACUGAUGAGAUGGAUGACGUCACUACUUCUCCACAGAUAACUUCAUCAGUUCCAAAAUUCGCUCUCAUCUGCAUUGUUCCAAUUGUUCUUGCAAUUCUUCUGUACUUGGCGCCAAUCGAUUUUUCGAAACUUUUCAAUGGACUCUAUGAGAACUAAAUUCUACUUGUUGAUAUAAAAAAUUACUAGAG